AUGUCUUCAAACAUCAACAGUCCCGCCAAUAGCAUCUCCACGCUCAACCCCUUAGGUAUCUUCUCCAAAGCCUCCCCCGAAAUACGCGACAUGAUCUGGUCCCACCUCCUCCGCGACAUCACCAUUACCUACAGCAUCUGGACUCGUUCCUUCACCUGGAGCCCGUCCCCUAUCUUACGCACCAGCUCCUACAUCCAAAGCGAAGUCAUAGGCGCCUCAAAGCUCCACGGCAUCCACACUUUCCCCGGCGCCUGGCAUCUCGAAAACUACCUCGCACACGUCUGGGACACGACCACGAUACCACAACACAUCCGCCUGCGCUUCAACUCCCCUAAUUUCUUUCCAUAUUCGUCCAGUCCUGUAAGAUACCACAUGAUUCGCAGAGCGAUUGAGGGGAGGUUGAGGGAGUGGGGUGAGCCGAUUGAGGCACUUCUCAGAGAAGGGUUUAGGCGACGCACGCUCAUAUUGGACAUUACUGAGGCGCCGGUGGUGCCAGAUAUCAACGACAAUGAUAUAUAUAUGCAAGAGUUUGGCAGGUUCAUUAGGCUGCUGAUGGCGGUGAGGGAGAGCAUGAGUGUUGCGAGGUCGCGUUCAGCUCGACGACAGUGCGGAUACUUCGAUGGAGUUGCUGUCCAACUUUAG